AUGAAUAGCGAGUCCACGGAGAGCGUGAUCACGGUGGGCAUCCACGUGAUAGUCAAGAAGCAGAGUUUCAGUAAAAUAUACAAGGUGUCUGAAAAUGGUAUUCUGAUGUUAGGAAAAAAUCAGAGGGUAGAGAUGCACGAGAUCGUCGGCAAACCGUUCUGGAGCUCAUUUGAGAUGAUGCCGAAGCCUGGCAGUAAAAAUACGUACUCGUUGAAACUAGUGGAACGAGCGGAGUCGUGGAACGAUCUGAAAGGCGAGUUGAGCGGACAGGACAAUCGUUUUAUUACGGACGAUGGUAUGUCGCAGAAACUGUCAAAAGAAGAGAUUCUGCAGUUGCAGGAGGAUGGUAAGAGCGGCAAGGAAAUAAUCAGCAGUCUCAUCGAGAACAGUGUCUCCUUCGCGGCCAAGACUGAAUAUUCGCAGGAGAAAUACAUCAAAAAGAAGGAACGCAAGUACUUCAGAUUUCUGAGGAUUUGUAAGCCCACUAUAGUGUUAUUACACGAGGUGUAUUUCAGACAGAAUCACGAGAAAAUCGGUGGUCUGAGAAUGGACGCUCUGGCACAGAUAUUGUCCUAUAGCGAUGUGCAGGCUGAUGGCUUGCACAUGCUAUAUGACAGUGGAUGUCAGGGCUUACCCGCUGCAGCUAUGUUGAAUAGAAUAGGGGAGAAUACCAAUGGAUACUUGAUCAACCUGCAUCCUGGCAAUAUGCCUCAAAUUGCGAUUGUUCAAGCCAUGAAUUUUCCACAAGAGUUAAGAGACAGGCAUAUUGCAGCGAAUAUAUAUAGUUUCCUGAGAUUACAUUAUCAAGGUGAAUCAAGUGUCUUAGACAAUAUUUCCACAGCUAAGAAGAUUACUGAUCAUAUCAAUAAAAAAUCACAAGAUAUUGAGGAAGAAGUAGAAAAAUCGAAUGGAGAAACCAAGAAUGACAAAGUAUUUCAAAUGGACACUGAAAUUUCGGAGCUUGAAAUUGAUACACAAGAGAAUAAUACACUUUCUUUUUGCAACACUCAAAAAGAUGCUGAUACCUUAAAACGGAAACUCGAACCUGAGGAAUCUGAAGAAAUAAUCCCUGUAAAGAAGCCAAAAUGGUUUCUGGAGACACAACGCGCCUUAGAUUUAUUGAAUAGUUCGAAGGCUCGUGGUUUAACUAUUGUAGCGAAAGAACAUCCUUUAAAUAUCGUAAACGCCCUGUUACCUUUUCUCGGAGCUUCGCGACCAUUUGUCAUCUUUCACACAUAUCGAGAGCCCCUGCAAGAAACUUACAUGGAACUUAAACAAAAACGCAAUGUGAUAAAUGUGAAACUUUUUACAAAUUUUUUACGUUCCUAUCAAGUAUUACCCGACAGGACACAUCCUGAUAUACUCACAAGUGAUACCGGUGGCUAUAUCUUAACGGGAUACUUAGUUCAAUAAUAGAUAAAUAUAGUUGAAUAAAUUUUGAUAUAAAAAAUUGGAUAGUGUAUGCUACAUACUUGGUGAAAAUGUCAAAAGAUAAAAUUUAUAACAUCAAUGACAAAAAAUUAUAAUUUUUUAUGCAAAUAUAACUAAUUCUAUUUUACGCUACAUAUAUUUGCAACAUUUAUUAUUACAUUUUCUUAUAUAUUUUAUUAACAAUUACAUUCUCUAUCCAGAAAAAAUUAUUACUUAUUUAUUGUAUAAUAUUAUAUUCUUCUUCAAAUUAAAUACGAUUAUAUAACAUAUAUAUUGCUUAUAAUAUGUGUUUCACAUAUAUUUAUGUUAAUCCCUUUGCAAAUACUACGAUAUAUUUAUAUUGCUCCAAUUUUCUUUCUUUUUUUUUCAUAAUCUAUAUUUGAUAUUAAAUUUUAUUACUUUUGUUACAAUGUUUUCAAACA